AUGCGGCUGUCUCUCAAGGUUCUGAGGAGACAUGGUUUCGAUGCCAUUCAUGCCUGCAAUCCGCCGGACCUGAUUUUUCUGGUUGCGCUCUUCUACAAGUUGUUUUUCGGGAAAAAAUUUAUUUUCGACCAGCACGAUAUCAAUCCAGAGCUCUAUGAAGUCAAAUUCGGCAAAAAGGGCUUCUUUCACAAGCUGCUGACAUUUUUCGAACGCUGCACCUUCAAGCUUGCAGACGGGAGUCUUGCAACGAACGAAACCUUGAAGGGAAGAGCCAUUGAAACGGGCAAGAUGCCGCCGGACAAGGUCUGGGUCGUCAGAAGCUUUCCAGAUAUCGAACGGUUCAAGAGAACCACUCCGGACGAGAGUGCAAAAAGAGGCCGGCGCUAUCUGGCGGGUUAUGUCGGCAUCAUGGCCGAACAGGACGGUGUAGAGUAUCUCGUGCGGGCAAUGGACCAUAUCGUCAAUGGUCAAGGUAGAGACGAUAUCGGCUGCGUCAUUAUCGGCGACGGCCCCGAUUAUGAUCGAUUGCGCGCACUUGCGGCCGAACUCAAUCUGCUCGACCAUGUUGAAUUCACCGGAUAUCUCUCAGGAGCGCCGCUCCUUGAAAAAUUGUCCGCAUGCGAUAUCGGCGUCAUCCCCGACCCGCCAAAUGUCUGCAACGACAAGCUCUCCAUGAACAAGGUGUUCGAGUACAUGGCGCUUGGAAUGCCGUUCGUGUUGAUUUGCGCUGAGAACUGA